AUGCGACACGUGGAUUCUUCUGGAGAAGGCAUCGGACCAGACUGGGAGAUGGAAGUGGACAAUGUAGCCAUCGUUCGCAAGCCCAUCAGUUCUGGCUUCCUUGUCUCCUUCUUGGUCGAUGCUCGCGGGGGUAUGCUGCAGAGCCGACGCCUGCCUGAGAUGCGCUUCUUCAUUCCUCCCAAUGCGGCUACCGGCCCCACUCGCAUCAUCUGUCGACUUACGCGAUCGGAUCGCGUCAAUCUACUGCCAUCCAUUAACGACGGCGAAGGCUUGGCGUCCAGGUAA